AUGCCUUCCCGCCAGAGCCGCAAAAAGUCCCCCAAAGCCCGCGACGCGCACGCCUCGUCCGAAGAGGAUAGCUACGAUGCCUCCGUCAACGGCAAUGGCUCGGCCAUGGCUGCCUCGGGCGACCGCGCCUCUGUCUCUGGCGAGAACAUCUUCCUCUUCUGGCCCAACAUCGUCGGUUAUUUCCGAAUCAUCCUCGCCAUUGCCUCCCUCUACUACAUGCCGUUGCAUCCCCGAACCUGUUCCGUUCUCUACAGCAUUUCCGGCCUGCUCGACGCCCUUGAUGGCUACGCUGCCCGCAUCUUCGAGCAGUCGACCCGCUUCGGCGCCGUCCUCGACAUGGUGACGGACCGCUGCACCACGUCGUGCUUGCUCGUCUUCUUGUCCUCUGCUUUUCCCCGAUGGGCCAUCCUCUUCCAGUGUCUCAUAUCGCUCGACUUUGCCAGCCACUACAUGCACAUGUACGCCACCCUCGUCGUCGGAGGCGCCGAUUCGAGCCACAAGAACAUCGACAAGAGCCAAAGCCGCUUGUUGAAUCUAUACUACUCCAACAAGAUUGUCUUGUUCAUAUUCUGCACCCUCAACGAGCUCUUCUUCAUUGCCCUCUACCUCCUGUCCUUCUCGUCGCCUCUCCUGUCGCCCAACUUGAUCAAGAGCGUCGAGGAGUCGAGCGGCGGCAUCGUCCAGCCCGGUGCGCCCGUCAACGCUUCCCUCUUGAGGCAGAUGUUCCCGGACCCCUUCAGCGCCGCGGCCCUAGAGAUGGCCCGUGCCAAUAAGAUGGACUCCAACGGCCCUUGGAUCUUGGCCGGAAUCAGCUUCCCCGUCAUGGCCAUGAAGCAGUUCAUCAACGUUGUCCAGCUCGUCAAAGCGAGCAAGUCGCUGGCCGAGGCCGACAUCAAGGAUCGCAGGGCCAAGGGUCUCCCCAGAGAGGUCAAGGUCAAGACCGGCUGA